UUGUAGUGUCGGUCCCUUUCUGCCUGCAGAAAGGGACCGACACUCAUCGAAGGCUCGACUCGUGGAACGAGCACAGGUUCUGGUUACAGUACUUAACUACUUUUUUCGAUGAAGAGGUCACAUGUCAUCACUCAAUUUGAAUAAUUGUACAAAAAAUAGUGAUGUGAAUCUCUCCUUGCCGUCUAAUGAAUAUAUUUACAUAAAGCCUGUACAAAGCUGCUGCAGCUGACAGUCGUUGGAUGGACGAUAACCUUACUGUCACAGAUGGCUCGGGAGGUUUGUUUUGUUGUUGAAGCAAUAUUUAUUUUUGUUUCAAUGUUUUUAUUUUUGACUUGCAUAUGUAUUGUGAUGACAUGCUGAUAAAUUGGAACAGGCUGUUUUCUCUCUCUCGCUCUCUCUGUGUAGUGGUGACGGGCUGUUAAGAUGUGCCGUCCCAUGUCCCAGUUGGUGUGCGGGUUCACGGUGCCUAACCUUGAACCCGACCCCAAGUCCUGGUCUGGAAGACUUUAUGAUCCUCUGGUUGGCUGCUAACUACUGGGAGGGGGUCAGAACAGGAGGGGGAGGGGGGGGGGGGGUCACACUGGGGUUUUAAAUAUUGGGUGGGGUUGUUAUGAGCAGCCCAGGCUUGUUUUUGGGACUAGCUGUUUAUUACUGAACAAAACUAUAGAGGGUGUACAGUCAUGAACUAGCAGACUAGACCGAGCCACUUUAAAGAUUUACAAUUUCGUUGCCUUGUAUCUGAAUUGGAUACAAGCUUAUGUUUGUUGCAAGAUUUUUACUUGCUAAUGAAAAGUUGUUUUAAAUAAAAUAAUAGGAGAAAAAGCAACAGACAGCGUUUUGGCCUCUGAUUGUUUAUAUCUUUUUAUAAAUUUUAGAUUGAACUUCUCUCUUUAAGGUGGCUCAUUGAUGCUUUCAACUCUUGUGCAUAUUAAAGACAAGAAUGAGUUGAAAAUCAUUGUGCCUUUGUUUUUCAUUUCAACUAAAACUGGGUUUUAUUGAAUAGAAACAAUUCUUUGAGCAACUGGAGGAUUUUGAAACGGGACAUCCGGUAAUACGUGCUCUCCCUGUUUGUGGAGUUUGCCAUAUUGGAGGGAAUGGUCAAUGCUGCUCUUAAUUCACUGAACAUUGUAAUAUACAUUUCCUUCCACUCACUUACCCCCCCCCCCCAUGCCACAAAUCACCAUUGCCAUACUUCAGUCAGGGGAUUUUGAUAUGGUCUCCUCUCAUCUCGCCCUCAGGACAUGAUCUGUGUUUCUGAUCCUAACCAAAAUAAACUUGCUGUUUAGCCGUUGGAUCCUCCGUGCUUUCAAGUGUUGUGAUUCACACAUACAGCUAGUCACGUUCAGGGUGUGCGAGUGGGAAUGUGAAAGAAGCUUUUAGCGGGGAUGCUUUUCCAGUAUUUGUGAGAGUUCGGAGGAACACCCUUUUCCCCUUCGGCUCAUAGGUUUUUAUGCUCCUGAAUUUGCUUUCACUUCUUCUCCACGGGUUAGGGUUAAAAUCAGCCAUCUUAUCCUGUCAAACAGAAAUGUUAGGUACCUGUACUAUUGUUUUUCUGUGGCGCAUCCUUUACACUUGAGGUGAGAUCUAUGAGCAUCUACUAACGGAGUCGUUUGCUGUGCGACUCUUCUCUUUCUUCUGGUGAUGGUUGUGAUUUGACUCGACACCCUGUGUAUAUGAGGCUGCACAGGUCACUCCAUGGCAGAUUUGGUGCUAAAGAUUAGGUUACAGUGGACAUUUCAACUGUUUGUUUUGUAAAUGGCACAGUUUUCCGUACCGUGUGGGUGUUGGAGAACACAUUGACGCAGGGACAACUCACCCUGCCUUUGGGUUUAUUGCAACGUCUGUAACAGAAAUGUACAAAAUAAUAAGAUAAUUUGCCUCCAAGUGGAACACAAACGCUGCUUGACACAGAUCCAGAUUCCCCAGGCUCCAGGUUUAUGGUGCGCCAAUUUGAUUGGUUGCAUCUUUGGGCGUAAUAUGCGAUACCAAUGCAAGAUGUAAACUAAAGUGUGAAGGCAGCUCCCGAAUUUUGACCGAAUCAUUAGGUCCUGUUUCAUAAAAAAAAAAAAUCUAAUUUUGAAUAGCUGAUUUUAUGCCUACAGUGUGGAAAUUACCAAAAUAAACUUGUUAUUGAAUUACCUCAAACUAACAUGGCAAACCUGGGGUGGGAUGUUAUUGCAUCAGAUGAGCUUUGAGUUAAGAUUGGAAGUCCAUUCAUUGAAUUUAGCAAUUUAAACUUCCAACAUGGAUGAGAAGUCUUAUUGAAGUACAAUUCGAUGACAACUGAGCAGGAAGAUCAUGUAAAAAAAGCUCCAAAACAGCUACUGAUUGUAGUUUGUGGUGAAAACAUUUUGACAGUUGACUUCUGGGCAAAAUAUAUACAGACAUUAAAAAAAAAUAAAAUACUGUACUAUAACCGAGCGUACUCCAUUGGCUGAGUAAGACCAUGAAAUGUGCCAGAAAGUUGGACUCUUCUGUUUCAAACCACUGACAAACUGAUAUUUACAAAAUCUGGUGAAAUUGCCCUUCCACAGCCUCGUGGAUACACAGUGGUCCAUCUAGUCUGAUCUCUGUCCGCAAUUGAUUAUUUUGGUCUUUUAAUCACGUGACAUAUUUUUCCCUCCUCACUUCCGCAAAUAAUCGUCGGUUGCAGCGGAGCGUUGCAGCUGCAGCAGAAAGUGAACAAACGCGGACGGACAUCCCGCCACGGACCCGUUCGUGUUCCGGUGAAACCGUUUUACCAGCGGCUGCAGCUCUGGCAGCUCUUCCUCCCCACACCAUCGCCCCCGUCCCUGCCUUUGGAUUGAGGUCCAUCCCUCCGGCCUCGCCGCCAUGGUGGAUGUAACCAAGUGGCCGGUUUUCAGCCUGAUGGGGACCCAGGAGCUGUCCAUGAUCCGAAAAGCUAGCGUGUUCGGAACGUCCGCCAACGAGGCCAUCUACGUUACCAAAGAUGACGAGGUGUAUGUGUUCGGGUUGAACUGCAGCAACUGUCUGGGAACAGGGGACAGCCAGAGCAGCAUUGUACCCAAGAAGCUGGACUUCCUGAGUGGGAGGAAGGUGGUCAGCCUGAGCUACGGCAGCGGGCCCCACGUCCUGCUGGCCACAGAGGACGGAGAGCUAUUCGCCUGGGGUCACAAUGGUUACAGCCAACUAGGAAACGGGACGACCAACCAAGGGGUAGCUCCGGUGCCGGUGUCGGCCAACCUGCUCAAUAAGAAGGUCACAGAGGUGGCCUGUGGCUCUCACCACUCCAUGGCUCUGACUGACUCGGGAGAAGUGUAUGCAUGGGGCUACAACAACUGUGGUCAGGUGGGUUCCGGCUCCACAGCGAACCAGCCCACACCCCGCAGAGUGUCCAGCUGCCUGCAGAGCAAAGUGGCCGUCGGCAUCGUCUGUGGGCAGACCUCGUCUCUGGCAGUAGUGGACAACGGAGAGGUGUACGGUUGGGGCUACAAUGGGAACGGACAGCUCGGACUUGGAAAUAACGGGAACCAGCUCACUCCCUGUCGCCUUGUAGCUCUGCAGGGUUUAUGUGUGCAACAGAUUGUCUCCGGCUAUGCCCACUCGCUGGCACUAACAGACGAGGGGUUGCUGUACACUUGGGGUGCCAACACAUACGGGCAACUGGGCACCGGCAACAAAAGCAACCAGCUGAGCCCAGUCCAGAUCAUGACUGAGAGAGAGAGGAUCGUGGAGGUCGCUGCCUGUCACUCCACACAUACAUCCGCCGCUAAGACUCAGAGCGGUCAGGUGUACAUGUGGGGCCAGUGCAGGGGCCAGUCUAUUGUGCUGCCUCACCUCACGCACUUCACCUGCACCGACGACGUCUUCGCAUGCUUCGCCACCCCCUCCGUCAUGUGGAGGCUUCUAUCCAUGGAGCACGAUGACUUCUUAACCGUGGCUCAGUCUCUGAAGAAAGAGUUUGACAACCCAGAGACUGCUGACCUCAAGUUCUGCAUUGACGGCAAAUAUAUCUAUGUCCACAAGGCAGUUCUCAAAAUAAGGUGUGAACACUUCAGAUCCAUGUUCCAGUCCCACUGGAACGAAGACAUGAAGGAGGUGAUUGAAAUAGACCAGUUCUCCUACCCGGUGUACCGCGCCUUCCUCGAGUUCCUCUACACAGACAAUGUGGAGUUGCCUCCGGAGGACGCUAUUGGGCUGCUGGACCUGGCCACGUCGUACUGUGAGAACCGCCUGAAACGCCUGUGUCAGCAUAUUAUAAAGAGGGGAAUCACGGCAGAAAACGCCUUCUCAUUGCUGUCUGCUGCUGUGCGCUACGAUGCAGAGGACCUGGAAGACUUUUGCUUUAAGUUCUGUGUGAAUCACCUGACCGAAGUGACCCAGACCGCCGCUUUCUGGCAGAUUGACGGCGACCUGCUCAAAGAUUUCAUAUGUCGAGCCAGCCGCUGCGGAGCCUUCAACAACUGACUUUAGCCUGAAGUCAUCACAGACACGGACGCAGAGGAUGCUGUGGCGUAUCCGAGAGGGACUUCUCUAAGGACUUGGUCACUCCCAGUCGGCUGGUUACACAAACUUUAUAUUUUUAAGAUGAUCACCAUCGCUGUUAUGAAUCUCAUUCCAGACUAGAGCCAGUGUGUCCAUUUCUACAAGGCUGAGCUGACAUGAUACAGUUCAGUUAGUCGUUUGCCACAGUGCCUCACUGCCUAUUCACUUACACAAUGUGUGAAGCAGGACUUGAAAUGCAUUGAGAGGCAUACUUUCACUUGAUCAAGUUGUCCAAUAACUUGAAAGAUUCUUGCCAGUUGCCUGAUAUCACUUUUUCUAUUAUUCAGUUUAAUUGACCAAGUUACUUCUUUAGUGUUUGCACUUGCUUGAAAUAUGAUUUUGUUUCUCUACUAGAAGGCUGCAUCAUAAUUUGGAGGUGCCAUUUGGAAUCGUGGUUUUCAGGUUGAGGUAUGAGGCCGUUUGCACUUUUAGAUGUCAGGAUAGAUCAUAAAGACUGGACACCGACAUAUCAAGAAGACAGAUUCAAGCCUUUAUUAAGUGUUUAGGUCAAACUCCAGUCAGCGAUUGUGAUCUUCUGUCUAGGUUGUAAAACAACCCAAAGAGAGGGAACUCAGGUUACAUUCAGAUUCACAACAGAGUGAGAUUCAGUGUUACAGAUUUGAAAAUGAUCUGCACGCUACAGUACAUUUGUGGAAAAUGUUAUUUCGGGCACCUACCGUAUUUGUAUAGCUCAAAACAAUUUGAACUGAGUUAAACUUGCCCGGUUGCCAGCUGAACCAGAAUGUAUGGAGCCAUUAAAAAUCAGUUUACAGGAAGGCCUGUGGCCGUGCAGCAGCUUAGCUUUUAUGGGCCUGGACAUAGAUUGUUUUCGUGGAUACUUUUUCAUCCAUAUGACAUCUAAUGUAUGCUGAAAAUCAAUAUUAUAAAGUGUUAACAUUCAUAAAGUUGUUAAGUGACAUCUGCA